AUGUAUCAUCCAUCGAUAUGGCAUCCAAUUGAUAUGGCUGCUGCAUUUCGUUCACUUCGUCAAACAACAUCAUCACCAAAUAUAAGUCCAGAGAAAAGUUCUGUAUCUGGUUUCAAUGCCGCUUUUUCAGUUAAUACACUUCUUAAUCAAUCUUCAUCUGAAACAUUACGUAUACCAUCAAUAACAACAGCAACAGCACAUCAACAUAAUCUAUUUUCAAGUUUAUUUCAACAUUAUCCAUAUGCAGCUGCAUUUCGUCCUCUAUUUAAUGGUACUACCAAUUCACCAUCGGAAUCUUCUGCAUUUUUACCAGCUGGUAAAAGAUUUAAAAAUAAUUCUCAUGAUGAAAAUCAUUGUGAAACAACAUCAAGUAGUGAUGAAAGUUUUGGAAAAUCAACAGACCAUCGUUGUCGAUCAUCAACAAUUGAUCUACAAAAUCCACAAUGUCCUAUUUGUCAAGUAUCAUUAAAUGGGCAAGAUAUGAUUACACAUGUUCAACAUGAACUUGAUUUAAUUGAACGUCGACAACAAUAUAAAGCUAAACGUGGAAAUAAAGUUCUUCAAGAUAAUAAUAAUAAUAUUGAUCAAACAUUUAAAACACGAUAUGAGACUUUUUUACGAGUACGAACAAGUCGACAACAACGUUUAAAUGCUAAAUUACAAAUGCAUAAUCGUCGAUUAAUUCGUAAUGAUACACGAAAUUGUCCUAUAUGUUAUCAAUCAAUUCCAAUAACUUCUGAUGAAGAAUUUUUCUUUAAUCAUGUUCAACAAUGUUCAAGAAAGAGAGAACAAUUAGCAGCUGUAACAGCAAUAGCCAAUCAUCAUCGUUUAUCAUCACCACUUCCACCAACAAUCGAUGAUCCUGAUGUAAAUGUUGUUGAUAUUGAUGAUGGAAUUGAACGUGAAGAAAAAAGUACAAGUGGAACAACAACAAGUCUUAGUUGUCAAGAAUCAUUUAACAGUGAUCAAAGAUAUUCUCCAUCAACUCAAACAGAUAUAUUAUAUACAAAAUCGCCCAAUACUUCCGAACUCGAUCCACCAAAAUGUGUUGUUUGUAUGGAAUAG